AUGCACAUCCAUCCCGAAGUCGUCCUCCUCGGAGGCCUGGGCCUCCUCCUGGGCGCCAGCGGCUCCCCGCUCCCCUCUCGCCCCUCCACCCCGCUCCCCGAGGACUCUACCUCCACCCUGAGCCCCAACACCACUACCGGUAACCCCCUCCCCGAUCUAACCCAUCUGUCCCUCGCCCCCCGCGAGAAAGACACCAACGUGGAGAUUGUCUGCCACGAUCACGUCUUCACUCGCGACCACGUCAAGGCCGCCGUCAAGCAGGCCAAGCGCAUCCACGAGGCCAAGGAUAAGCACCCGGACGACUACGCCGAGUUCCCCAAGCCCCUGGACCGCCGCGCCAGCGACCUAUUUAAGAAGCCCGACGGACUGUUCCAGUUCCCCCUCGUGUCGGACGGCGUCUACGACGGCAAGGCCGAUGUGACCGGGCGCGAGUUCGUGAUCAUCGACAAGAACUUCAAGUGUAAGGGGGCGGUGCGGUAUUAUGAAGACCAUGCGGAGAGUAAGGGCCAUGCGGAUGCGUGCUAUGCACGCAAGCGGAAGGAUAAGGAUGGGAAGGACAAGGGCAAGGAUAAGGAUAAGCGCAAGGGUGGUGGUGGUGGCGCCGCUGGCGGUGGCGGCGGCGGUCAUGCCAGUGGUCAUGCCAGUGGUGGCCAUGGUGCCGGUCGAACUGGCCUUAUCGUUGCUGGUGGUGCCCAUGGGGCCGACGAGGGGGAUUACGAUGUUUGCUGA